AUGACUGAUCUAGACAUGCUAUCAUACUUCCUUGGUAUUGAGUUUGUAAGCAAAGAAAAUAGAAUUUUUAUGCACCAAAAGAAGUAUGCUAAUGAUGUACUAAGAAGAUUCAAGAUGAAAUACUGCAAUGGGGCUGAUACACUAAUAGAAGCAAGCAUGGUCCUAACAAAAGAAGGCAAUGAGGAGUUGGUUGACUCUACAACAUUCAAACAAUUAGUAGGAUCAUUGAGAUAUUUGUGCAACACACGACCAAACAUAGCUCACAGUGUUGGACUGGUUAGUAGGUACAUGGAAAAGCCUAGAACAUCUCACUAUUUGGCAGCUAAAAGAACUUUGAGGUACAUCAAGGAAACAAGUGAGCUGGGACUGCACUAUGCUAAAAAGCAGGCUGGAGUUGAAGCUGGUUCGAUUGAGUUCACUGAUGCAUAUUGGAAGCAAAGCAUAGUCGCAUUGUCUACUUGUGAAGCUGAAUAUGUGGCUGCAUCCAUGGGAGCAUGCCAAGCUGUAUGGCUGGCAGAACUGGGACUGAGAAGUAAUGAUGUAGUGAAGAUGGAGAUAGACAAUAAAUCAGCUAUAGACCUAGCAAGAAUCCGAGUGUCCAUGGAAGGAGCAAACACAUAG